GUGUGUGUGUGUGUCUCCUCUGUGGGGUUUGGAGCAAUCACAGUCUGAUAAAUGUCUGUCUCUCAGAACCAUGAGUGUUCUUCCCUAGAAGAGAAAAUCUUCACAGCAAUUUCUCUCCACCAUUUGUCUUGCCAAAUUUUCCAAACUGACCUUUGCCAAUGUUUUCUUGUAACACAAUGGUCCUGGCAAUUGUUCUCUGAACAAGCAGUAGUAAAUCCUUCAUCCCAGGUAGCAGCAUCACCGCAGUCACCAACACGAUGAGAAGAAGCCAGCAACUCAGAGCAGCAGCCACUGCCUCCAUGGUCCCACUACCACCGUUUGUGGCUUGGCCCUGGCCACAGCUUCUUCUUAGCAAGCCUCCCAGGCUGGCCUCAAACUCGGGAUCUUCCUGCCUCUCCCUUCUUCAGCAAAUCCUACCAGAGUGCUCCACCACAACCGGCUGAGGGUAGCUUAGGUCUGAGGCCACAGGCAAGCAGCUUUUUCGUGAAUUCAUACCAUGAACGUUGGGUGUCAGAUGUAGCAUGCAUCUUAGAAGGUCUUAUUAAUGAAAAUAAACCUGAAGCCAGGUAUUGGGGUGAAUGCUGGAAGAUCAAAGAAGCAGAACAAGCCACAGCUUCCUCACCUCGACAGUUCCUCAGCUGAUCCUGUUUCCUCAUACUGGAAGCCUCUGCGUCUUCAUCCAGAAUGAAUCUCAGCUGAACUGCUGCUGCUCAAAAGCCUAAAAGCUUAACCAGGCUAGUUCCUGGUCCUCACACCUUAUAUACCUUUCUGCUUCUUGCCAUCACUUCCUGGGAUUAAAGGCUGUUGUUACCACACCUGGCUGUUUCCAGUGUGGCCUUGAACUCACAGAGAUCCAUGCCUCCAGAAGGCUAGGAUUAAAGGUGUGAGUGCUACCAUUUUCUGGCCUCUGUAUCUAGUGGCUGUUCUGUUCUCUGACCCCAGAUAAGUUUAUUAGGGUGCACAAUAUUUUGGGGGAACACAAUAUCACCACAGGUCUUAAUAAAAACCUGGAGCCAGAUAUCAGGUUAAAUGCUGAAAUAUCAAGAGACAAAGAAACAAGUCACAGCCACCUCUCACUUCACCAACUCCUCACCUGAAAAGACUGAGCUCCUGUCUCCUCCUGCCUUAUAUUCCUUUUUCUGCCCAGCCAUAUCACUUCCUGUCUCAACCUCACUAGUUCUAGGAUUCAAGGUGUGUGUGCCUCUCAAGUACCGGGAACAAAGGCAUGAGAUCCCAAGUGCUGAGAUUAAAGGUGUGUGCCACCACUGCCUGGCCUCUAUGGGUAACUAGUGGCUGGCUUUGCCUUCUGAUCUUUAGGCAAGCUUUAUUUGUUAGAGCAUAUACAAAAUAUCACCAAAGAGUUUGACUUGUUCUUGUUUUUCUGAAAUCUUGAUAUGCAUCAUUAAAUUAUUUUUUGAGAUUCUCUGAUUUUUAAUGAAAGCACUCAUAAACUUUCUUAUUAGAAAUGCUCUUGUUAUAUCAGCAAGGUUCUGUUAAGUUGUGCUUUCAGUUUUAUUUGAAUUUAGGAAUUUCUUUGAAAUUUCCAUAGAAUAUUCAGUAGAAUAUUCCAUGUUCUACUGAGAAGAAUGUAUACUCUGUUUCUUUGGAUGGAAUACACAGUAUACAUGUGUUAGGCUCAUUUGAACUAUGUUGACUUUUAGUUUGUAUGAUCUAUUUGUAAGUGAGAAUGGAGUGUAAAAUUACUAUUAUUUUACAGUACCUCUGAUAUUUUAUAUUCAUUAAUAUUUUUAUGAAAUUGUAAACCCCAACAUUUAGUCCAUGUAUUUGUGAUUGUUGUAUAUUUUUGAUUGUUUUCUUUAUAAAUAUGGUUUCUUUAUCUCUUCUGACUAAUUUUGGUUUGAAACCUACUUUUUUCUGAUAUUAUAGUGGCUACAAUAGCUUUUUUUCAGCUUCUAUUUACUUAACAGAUUGAUUUCUAUCUUUUCAUUCUAAUUCUGUAUCUUUCCCAGUGAGGGAUAUUCUCAGAGACAAUAGAUAGAUGGAUCCUGUUUUUUAAUCCAGUCACUAGACUGUAUCUUUUAUUGAGUUAAAAUCAUUUACAUUUUUAUUUUUGAGUUUUGAUCAUUUCUAUGUUUGGGGGAUUAGUUUUCUGGUUGCUUGAAUUAUUUUUUUUUUGUUAUUUUCUUUCUCCCCUAUUAGUAUUAAAAGUUUGUUGGAUUACUGUGUUGUCAAAUAAUCUUUUUGUACACUGUGAAUAUGUGUCUUUGCCAGGGCACUUUCUGAUUGGUAUGUAUAAUAAAGAGCUGAAUGACCAAUAGCCAGUUAGGAAGAGAUUAGGCAGGACUUUCAGGCAUAAAGAGACAAGAAAAAGAGAUAAAUCUAGGCAUGGGAGAGACACCAGAGGACCUGGAGAAGAAACAGGAGGUGCAAGAUGGAAAAAAGCACAUCUGCCUGCAUGCUGCCAUGUUCCUCAUCAUGAUGAUAAUGGACUGAAUCUCUCAAACUGAUGUGGUGCCAUAAGUUGUUGCACCUACAAAGCAGGCUCCAGAAUUUGAUGAAGAGAGGAGACAUAGGUCAAGCUCUUCAUCUGUCCAACUUUAAAAGUUUAUUUUCAUUAUCCAUCCAUUGGUGCCAUACAGCUUCCAAGUCUGUGAAUUGUACUUGGCACCAACGUGAAGAUCAUUUGGAACUGCAAUAUGCUAGCACUGUGAUGCGCUUUGAUUAUGUCUGGCUUCGAGACCACUGCCGCUCAGCAUCAUGCUAUAAUUCUAAGACUCAUCAGCGGAGUCUGGACACUGCCAGUGUGGAUUUAUGUAUCAAACCAAAGACCAUUCGUCUAGAUGAAACCACAUUAUUUUUUACUUGGCCAGAUGGUCAUGUGACUAGAUAUGAUCUGGAUUGGCUGGUGAAAAAUAGCUAUGAAGGGCAGAAACAAAAGGUUAUCCACCCUAGAAUAUUAUGGAAUGCUAAACUCUACCAAGAAGCCCAGGUUCCAUCUGUUGAUUUCCAGAGUUUCUUAGAAUCAAAUGAUGAACUGAAGAAGUUUCUGCAGAACUUUCUGCUAUAUGGAAUUGCAUUCGUAGAAAACGUCCCUCCCACUCAAGAACACACAGAGAAGUUGGCAGAAAGGGUCAGUUUAAUCAGAGAAACCAUCUAUGGAAGGAUGUGGUAUUUCACUUCAGAUUUUUCCAGAGGUGACACUGCAUACACCAAGCUAGCUCUAGAUCGGCACACUGACACUACCUACUUUCAAGAGCCCUGUGGCAUUCAAGUAUUUCAUUGUCUUAAACAUGAAGGAACAGGUGGCAGGACACUGUUAGUAGAUGGAUUCUAUGCAGCACAACAAGUACUUCAAAAAGCACCUAAGGAAUUUGAACUCCUCAGCAAAGUGCCGUUGAAGCAUGAGUAUAUUGAAAAUGUUGGAGAAUGUCACAACCACAUGAUUGGAGUUGGGCCAGUCUUAAAUAUCUACCCAUGGAAUAAAGAGCUCUAUUUGAUCAGGUACAACAACUAUGACCGGGCUGUCAUCAACACCGUGCCUUAUGAUGUUGUCCAUCGUUGGUAUAUAGCACACCGAACCCUAACAACUGAGUUGAGAAGGCCUGAAAAUGAGCUCUGGGUCAAACUGAAGCCUGGAAAGGUACUAUUUAUAGACAAUUGGCGAGUCCUUCAUGGCAGGGAAUCAUUCACUGGUUACCGCCAACUCUGUGGCUGCUAUUUAACAAGAGAUGAUGUAUUGAACACUGCUCGUUUCUUGGGGCUUCAUGCUUAAAAUUGAAAGCACUGGGAUUAUAAGUACAGUUGGCACUCUGCUACCAGAAUUUUGUAUCAACACAACAGUAUUGUAUCAAAAUUUGUUUUACAUUGUCUCCUUCCCAUUCCAUAAAACAGAAGCUUUUUCUUACUUUACUAGGAGAAACCUGUUAAAGAAAGGGGACUUCUGAGUUAUCUAAUGUCAGCCAUCUAGUAGGGUAGCUAUCUUCCCAAGUUAUAGUAUGAUCCUACUCUUUUCCUAAACUUUUUGAUGUAAUUAUAAACACUGUACUUAAGAAAUGUAAUUGUCAUACUAAAAGGAAACCAAUAAUAUUAUGUAAUUUGUCUUCAGCUAAAUCAGAAUGCAAUGCAUUCUAGAAAUGAUAAAGUAUUGAUAAAGCAACAUGUGUAAAAAAUUUUCAUCUUUUAUAAUUCAUUUGACUAAUAAUAUGUGCUUACUUUUAUUUUGAAUAUAUCCUAUGAUAUUUUUCAGUUACUUCCAAUUUCAGCAGAUGAUGGGAUAUUGCUUUUCUUUUUAAUGAAUAAACUGAAUAGUAUUCCAUUGUG